UUCUUGCCCGGACACACCACACCAAGCAGCACUACAGCCGCUGUCAGAAGACUGCAGCAGUCCUCGGCGGUCUUGCGUGACUGGCCAGCCAUGGUCGACCAAGGACGACACGCUGGGUUGUUGGCUAGCCAUGGUCGUAGCAGGGGAUCACCGCGGAGUCCGGGGUGCAUUUCGAACAUGCCUAAUCGCCCUGUCCCCCUUGUUCGGAUGCAGACCGAUUUCCAGGGUUCAGCAUGGUCGGGAACGGUUCUCGCAAUGCACCGUUUUGGAUCACCGCGCACCAGGCCGAACCGGUUGAGGUGAAUUCUAGCCGCUAGAAUCAGCUCGUG